AGCCGGGAAGAAGUGCCAGUUAGGGUUUGUUUGAGAAUCACUGUUGAGUCAGAGAUGAGCUCUGGGGGGUGAUGUUGAUUUCAGAAAGAACUGCAAUAUGGUAAAUAUAAUCGGACGAACUGAUUCCUUCAAAAUGUCAAAAUCCCUUGCAGUACCAUGAUUUAAUCCUGUCUUUCAUCUUCUUUAUCUUCCUUUCUAUUGGUAUUUGUUUCUGUUAGAGGCAGUGCUACAUCUCUCAUCUAAUUUCCUUUAAUACCUUCAAAUGAAAGCUAUGAGGAAUCCAAACGUGUGUAUGCGACUGUGGAAAAGCAUCGCAGCAGAAUGCAAAAACAAGAAUAUGAAUGUGUUAUUUUCUCCCGUUGUGAUUCACAAUGCACUGAGUUUAGUAGCUUUCGGAUCGGAGGGAGAAACCUAAGGGCAGUUAUUUGACUUUCUCAAUGUCAGUUCUCUGAGUGAACUUCGACAAAAGUCUUCACAAAUUAAUGGUUCUCUCCAUGGUAAGAGACCAACUCUGGUACAUUUUAUUCAAACACAAGACUUGUGUAUGUGAGUGCUCUGUACUUAAAAGGUUUAUGGCAACAAAAAUUUGAUCCAUUUAAAACAAAAACUUCAGAUUUUUAUCUUUCUGAGAAUUUAACAGUUGAGGUUCCUUUCAUGAGUAGUGAUGAAUGGCAGUAUAUUUCUUGCUUCGAUGGAUUUAAAGUUCUUCAAAUUCCGUUCAAAAGGUUAUCUAUCUCUUCAACUCACCGAUUAAGUAUGUCUAUUAUCUUACCUGAUGACCGGGAUGGUCUUGAUGAUUUGAUAAAAAAAGUAAGUUCUGAUCCCGACUAUUUUCUGAAGACUCAUCUUUCUUUGGUAUCCCCGUUACGUGUUCCUGUUGGAGAGUUUAGAAUUCCCAAGUUCAAAGUAAUAUCUGAUUUACGAUUAUUUGGAGCUCUUGAAGAUUUGGGAUUGGAUUUGCCAUUUAAUGAUAACCAAGAAGUUAUUAAGAUGAUGACUACUGGUGCUGGUACCGAGUUUGAAAUUUAUGUUGAUCAAGUCAUCCAGGAGUGUGUUCUAGAAGUUGAUGAAGUAGGUACUGUAGCUGCUUCUUCUACAGCGAUGGUUAUGGAUGAUACUUCUGCAUUAUGUUCAGAUAGAGAUGAUCGUCCGGUACUAGUAGACUUUGUAGCAAAUCAUCCAUUCUUGUUCGUUAUCAGAGAUGAUCUUAGCGGGAUUGUGAUACUAAGUGGAAAUGUCUUUAACCCAUUGUUACAAGAUGAACGUGAUGUCCUGGAUUGUCUUGGCGCUAAAAGAUCUACAUGAAGAUACUGUUUCAUCAGGUUACUGUGCACUCCAAUACUUAUCUUGACUCUGGCAUGCCUAAUUUGUCACGAUGUAGCUAUUCCUUCUCAUUCAUUUAGAAGUUUCUUUGUUUCAAGCUCAAAAAAUGAAGGUCGAUGUUCUAGUCAACUGUUUAGCGAGGAAAACAUCAAUUCCAACUGAUACAGUUAACGUUGAAUUAUGUCAUCAAAGUUAACUCCUCACAGGGCCUCCAUGAUUAGUUCGCAAUUGACCUGUGAGUAGGGAUCUUGUACGGAACUAGAACUUUGAUGAAAUUGAAAUGGAACGUUGAUUAGUUGGAAUGGAUUUUUUCUGAUAUUAUCACAACGAACCAUAUGUAAAAUGGUUGGUUAUGAACUUAUGAUGCUGGUAGGUAAAAAAGGCAACUUUUGAUUGGUAAAUAGGAUUGUGGAUCCUCGAUAAUGAAAAGUAC